AUGUUUUUCGUCGGUGGUGGGCUCGCCCUCCUCUUUAGAUGGCAACUCGCCUAUCCCGAAAAACCACUACCUAUCAUCGGUGCCUCGCAACAGUACCUUGAUGAAGGUGAAGUUGUCACAGGUGCUGACAGGAUGUGGGAGAAAAUUUAUGAAUCCGAGCAAGAGGAGUGGCUUGAGGUAAACAUGCCCAGUGGGGUCGUCGAACCGGCAUUUUACAACAUGUUGUUUACGAUGCAUGCCACUAUUAUGGUGUUCUUCGUCGUGGUUCCGAUCUUGGUGGGGGCUUUCGGAAAUUUCCUGAUUCCGUUGAUGAUUGGGACACGCGAUAUGGCGUUUCCUCUCCUCAAUAUGAUCUCCUUUUGGCUCGCAGUCCUCGCCGCAAUUAUCAUGACAGUCGGGUUCUUUGUCCCAGGCGGUCACGCGGCUGCUGGAUGGACAGGCUACGCACCCCUCUCCUCCGAUCCGCAGUGGACAGGUGUCGACUGGGGACAAAACCUCUGGGCGAUUAGUCUGCUCAUUCAAGGAUUUUCCUCGAUGGUCGGAUCUAUUAACUAUAUCACCACGAUUAUCAAUAUGCGCGCACCCGGGAUGACGUUCUUCCGACUCCCGUUAGUUAUCUGGUCUCUUUUCAUCGUCGCGAUCCUGUUGCUACUCGCCUUCCCCGUGCUGUCGUCUGCGCUCGCACUUCUCAUCUUUGAUAGACUUGCGGGAACGACGUUCUUCAGUGCAACAGCUGAAGGCGGCGGCGACCCGCUCUUGUGGCAGCAUCUCUUCUGGUUCUUCGGACACCCUGAGGUUUAUGUCCUCAUCUUACCCGGUAUGGGUAUUGCCUCUGAAUUAAUUGCUGUCUUUUCACGGAAACCGAUCUUCGGAUACCGUUCUAUGGUUUACGCAAUGAUUUCCAUCGCGUUUUUGGGAUGGAUUGUCUGGGGACACCACAUGUUCCAAAGUGGAAUGCAGCCCGGACUCGGCUCUGUGUUCAUGACAACAACCAUGCUCAUUGCGGUACCUUCAGCUAUCAAAACAUUUAACUGGCUGGGCACAAUGUUCCGAGGUUCAAUCCGAUUCACGGCACCGAUGCUCCACGGUAUCGCUUUCGUCUCAAUGUUUGUGAUUGGUGGGUUGAGUGGUAUCUACAUGGCAAACACACCUGUUGACAUCUUCAUCCACGAUACGUAUUACAUUGUCGCACAUAUUCACUAUGUGGUGUUUGGCGGAAGUCUAUUCGCUAUUUUCGGUGGUAUCGUCUUCUGGUUCCCGAAGAUGUAUGGACGCUAUAUGAACGAUGUACUCGCCAAAAUUCAUUUUUGGUUGACGUUUAUCGCGUUCAACUGUACCUUCUUCCCGAUGCAUAUCCUCGGCGUAGGUGGACACAUGCGGCGUAUCUCUAACCCGAUGCAGUAUGAAUUCCUACAAGGGUUUGAAGGCAUGAACAUCUUUAUCUCGAUGAGUGCGUUUACCCUUGGGUUUGCACAGUUGAUACUUGUCUUUAACUUCUUCUGGAGCAUGUACCGUGGGAAAGUUGCCGAACAGAAUCCGUGGCAGGUGAACACCUUGGAGUGGGAGGCACCUACGCCGGUACCGCAUGGCAAUUUCGUUCAAAUUCCAACUGUCUACCGCGGCCCCUAUGAAUAUAGUGUUCCCGGUGAGGAAUCUGAUUGGAUUUCGCAGGCACAGCCUGAACAUGCGCCCGCGACAAGCGGUGACUAA